GGAUUGUGGGUAGGCGGAAAAAGGCUCAAAAAUCUACGCCGAAGCGUCAAGCGCACGUUGUGGAGUCGCUGCAGAAGAAAAACCAACAAAAGAAAACAGCUUUCCAGACAAAUUUAAGGAAAACGGGUGAAAGAUGUCCAUCGGCGUACCAAUCAAGGUCCUGCACGAAGCAGAGGGACACAUUGUGACCUGCGAGACCAACACCGGAGAGAGGUGUGAUUUACUUAAAAUAAUUCCAUUUCUGUCCCUGCAGAUGUCCAAUAUCACAGUGACUUAUCGUGACGGCCGCGUGGCGCAGUUGGAACAAGUCUACAUCCGCGGCAGCAAGAUCCGCUUCCUGAUCCUACCUGAUAUGUUAAAGAAUGCUCCGAUGUUAAAGAGUAUGAAGAACAAGAACCAGGGAUCAGGUGCAGGAAGAGGAAAGGCAGCUAUUCUUAAAGCACAAGUGGCUGCAAGAGGACGAGGCCGUGGUGGAAUGGGAAGAGGCAACAUCUUCCAGAAGAGGCGAUAACUUCUCCAGUUUGAUUCAGAUCGUUUCAUUGUAUAGUCUUUUGGUUCUUUUUAUUUUUUCCUUUUUGGAUUGGAUUAUGUAGGUGGUGUUUGCAAUCUUUUGCUUCGCAGUUUAUUGCUGUAAUUUCACUUUUUUAUGAAAAUAAACAUAUUUCCAUUUGA